UUUCUUCCAUUGCUGUGAUCAAUAAACAAUUGCGUUGCGAAACAAAAAGACAAAACAGAUCAAGAGAGAUUCAACUUCUUGGUCUUCAACCAUGGAACCACAACAACGAGAAGAUUGAAAAUCCCCAAUUCAGGCGAUCCAUCAAUCCCUAACGCCGCCGCCGCCGCCCGUAUCAGAUCUCCGCACCUCUUUUCCCGAAGGCCAUGCGCCACCGGAAAACGCCGGCGACACCGAUACAACAGCCAGUUGCCAAUAUCGCCGCCGAUCCGCCUCGCUACCGUGGGGUCCGAAAGCGGCCAUGGGGGCGAUUCGCAGCCGAGAUAAGGGACCCCGUGAAGAAAGCCCGGGUUUGGCUCGGUACCUUCAACACCGCCGAGGAAGCCGCGCACGCUUACGACACCGCCGCACGCGCCUUCCACGGCCCUAAAGCCAAAACCAAUUUCGGCUUCACCGAUCGUCGCGAUAACGAUAACAAUAAUAACCAUAGCCAUUCGAUUAUUCCUCCGGUUGCUCUCCCCGGCGAGAAUCAUUUCCAACGAUUCCCCUAUUCUCGGCCGGCCAGUAGCAGCCUCAGCAGCACGGUGGAGUCCUCUAGCGGACCUCGCCCGCCCUCCGAUCGUAAUAAACAACCGCCGCCGCCGCCGCGUCCUAAGGUUCCGGUUCCUCCGCUACCAGACGAUUGCCACAGCGAUUGCGAUUCGUCAUCAUCCGUGGUGGACGAUCAGGAUCAAACCACGUCGUCAUUCUUCCCCAAACAGCCCCUCUCCUUCGAUCUCAACCUGCCUCCUCCUCCUUUGGACGAAUUCGUCGCCGACGAGUUAAAGGUCACCGCCCUGCACCUUUGAUUCUAUCGACGGUGAUGCUAUCCCUAAUUUAUCUUACAUUCUUGAUGAUGAUGAUGAAAAAUGAUAUUAUUCUCAUUUUCCUCUUCCCAAAGUUUCUACUUUCAUCUCUUUUUAUUUUUCAUUUACCACUGAGUUGUUUAGAUUUUGAUCUAGCUGUAGAUUAGUACUGGAGCUUGGACCUAUGAUUGAUACAAUCUGUAUUGAACAAAGAUUGUAUCUAAGUAUCUGUAUUCUACCUGUAUCUUCUUUAGCAUUUCUAUGUACAAACAAUCUUAUCAUCC